UCUUUCCCGCGUGUUUAGUGGAACAUGAGGAAAGCGACACAGUGGCUGCUGCAGGGAGGGGCUCCACUUUGCUCAAGCGCAGCAGCAGAGGAGCACUUCUGUGGACGAAGCGACCGUUGCGCUAAACGGCACUGUGAGUCAGCUGAGCAUCUCAGCCAGCGCGACGUGCCAUGCCGCGCCGCGCUCCCGGGGAUGAAUGACAGAAGAACUCUGAGGAACCUCCACACCAUCAUCAUCUCCUCCUCCUCAAAGAUGCGGGUACAGAAAGGUCAAACUCUGGAGAUCCUGACGAGGAAACGCUGAAGAAUCCGCGCGAGCUUGUUGACGCAUAAUCGCACCCGCCCCGCUGGCACAGGGAGGGGGGUAAAUCCAACCAGCCUGCCUAAACUCAAAUCCUUCAGAAGAUUUACCGGAGCUGCCGCUGCGGAUCCAUCCUUCCAGAAGAUUUCAGUGACUUUCUAAACCAUUUGUGGGAUAUUUGGUGACCAUUUCAGAACCACACAUUUGGACGACUUAAAAGCGAAUUAGAUCCACUACUGGGAUCGACUCCUUGACUGCGUAUACUGUGGGGACAUCUUCGCCCAUCAUCAUCAUCAUCAUCAUCACCAUUAUAAUCAUCUCCCUGACUCGAUCCUGCUCGCUUUCAUUGCCCCGGAGGUCUGGAGCCAUGACAGGCCCCCCGCUGGUUCCACUGGCCUCCUGCUGACGGCACCGGGGCAGGAUGGGAGCAGGUCUGCCGCUUUCAGGAUCCCAAACCAGCCGAUUUAUCAAUGGAGGAGGAGAGUGACUCUCGGAAAAUCAACAACAGCUUCCUUCGCGACCACAACUAUGCAACCGAAGCUGACAUUAUCUCAACUGUGGAGUUUAACUCAACAGGGGAGCUCUUGGCCACCGGGGAUAAGGGAGGUAGAGUGGUUGUCUUCCAGAGGGAGCAGGAGAGUAAGACACAGCCCCAUCGACGAGGGGAGUACAAUGUUUACAGCACAUUCCAGAGUCACGAGCCUGAAUUUGACUACCUGAAGAGCUUGGAAAUUGAAGAGAAGAUCAAUAAAAUUAAAUGGCUUCCACAGCAGAAUGCAGCAUACUUCCUGCUCUCCACGAACGACAAGACUGUGAAGCUGUGGAAGAUCAGCGAAAGGGACAAGCGUCCGGAAGGCUACAACCUGAAGGAUGAGGAUGGAAGAAUCCGAGACCCAUCAACCAUCACCUCACUACGGGUGCCAGUGCUGCAGCCGAUGGAUUUGAUGGUUGAGGCUACAGCCAGACGAAUAUUCAGCAACGCCCACACGUACCACAUCAACUCCAUCUCGGUCAACUCAGACCUACAGACCUUUAUCUCCACUGAUGACCUCCGGGUGAACCUAUGGAACCUGGAGAUCACUGACCGGAGCUUCAACAUUGUGGACAUCAAGCCAGCCAACAUGGAGGAGCUGACGGAGGUAAUCACCUCAGCUGAGUUUCAUCCCCAGCAGUGUCACACCUUUGCCUACAGUAGCAGCAAGGGCUCAAUCCGCCUGUGUGACAUGAGACUGGCUGCCCUCUGUGACAAGCACUGCAAAUACUUUGAAGAACCGGAAGAUCCAGCAACACGCUCUUUUUUCUCUGAAAUCAUCUCAUCUAUCUCAGACGUUAAGUUCAGCCACAAUGGACGCUACCUGAUGACAAGAGAUUACCUCACCGUCAAGGUGUGGGACCUUCAAAUGGAGAACAAACCCGUUGAGACCUACCAGGUUCAUGACUAUUUACGAGGCAAACUUUGUUCUCUUUACGAGAACGACUGCAUCUUCGACAAGUUCGAAUGUGUCUGGAACGGCUCAGACAGUGUCAUCAUGACUGGCUCGUACAACAACUUCUUCAGAAUGUUUGACCGUAACACAAAACGAGACGUCACACUGGAAGCAUCCAGAGAGAACAGCAAACCCCGAGCUAUUCUGAAGCCUCGCAAGGUGUGUGUGGGUGGAAAACGCCGUAAGGAUGAGAUCAGCGUGGACAGCCUGGACUUUAGCAAAAAGAUCCUUCACACAACAUGGCACCCAUACGAGAACAUCAUUGCUGUAGCCGCCACCAACAACCUCUACAUCUUCCAGGAUAAGGUGAACUAAAAAGGCCUUGAGCCUGAGCUCAGCACCUGUUGAGCCGACUAUCCAGUGACUAAAGACGACAGCAUGGAUGAUGGGAAGGACUGACGUGAAGAAAACCCUUCAUUCCAUCAUUUCAGUUCCAGCUCAGUUUGCCAGAUGGAUACAUAAAAGGACGGAAUGCAGGAAAUUUAUGCAACCUGAGGAUUGCUGCAUGAAUUCUGUCAUGAAGCAGCCCUCUAGAUCCUUCAGAAAACGGAAAACCUGAACAGAAGACACAGAAACCGAGCUACCAUGACGAUGACUCUUUGUCAUGAAGCAACAGUGCCCCCUUGUUUUUUGUCAGUCUGCUCAUGCUUCACCGCAUGUGAUGAACCCUGCAGCCUCUGAUGGAGGUGAAGUCGGACAGCCUAACCUGCUGGCUUUUAAUCAUUGACCCGCUUUUUUCUCCAGUGGUGCAGGCCUCAUUUGUACCAGUUUUGUGUCUCCUUGUCGAGACUGAUGUGGUCGGUAAUGUGAACGAAACCCUUAAAGGUUGUGUCAAUUGUUUAAUUUAAUGCUGUAGUUUUGUUGAGUCCUUCUCUCGGUCAUUGAGUCUGUUUAGAAGCUGUGGUGCCUUCUUUUGGUGUGUGGGUUCGAUGUCGUAGGACUGGGCAUGGGGAGGAGGGGACUGUGUGAAUGUUUAAAAAAAAAGUUUGGACUUUUCUCCUUUUUUCUUUUCUUCUUUAUUCUCUCUUUAAAGGGAAAAUGUCAACAGAAAAGCUCCAAAAAAAGCAGCCUGAAGCACUGUAGUCAAGAUUUACCAUAGCACCUGAUUAAAUGCUUUUGAGCUCAGGUGAUUUGUACAAAGCUAAAAUACAGUCUGUCUGAUGUCACCAGUUUGCAAAAGACAUGAAAAUAUUGCAAAGUUGUUCUAAAAACAAAUACAGAAUCCUAGCCUCAUGUUACCUUGUUUGUAUAGUGCGGAAAACGAUCUGCAAUUUCAAAACGGAUCCGAUCAAACUGUUCAACCUAACUUGCAAUUACAGUGUUAGAAGAGCACCUUUCUGCAUGCGGCUGAUCUGGCUCCGAUUAAACUGUCAGUCUGCAUACGGUCACAAACAUCUACAGGUUAUUUGAGGCGCUAUGCAGCUAGAGGGUUAUACGGUGCAGCGGCGGGUUGUCUCACAACACUCGACUCAAACUGUUCAGAGACAGAUGCUUGUCUCAGAUUGGUCACAGGAGCUGACUCUCCCAAAGCAAGGCAGUCAAAGGUCUAACUGAACUCUCUGAAAUCAGGGAAUAAGUAAGUGUGAUUUCUUUAACUGUAAUAUCUUCUAAACAACCUCCUUUGUGACUCUAUCAUUGAAGAAGAAAAAAAAAACUUUUAUAGCUCAGAAUGUAUUGAAAUGCAAUGAAAUACCAUGCAGUCUUUAUGCUUACUGGACUUUCUUUGAAUAAAAAAAAUAAUAAAGAUGUGCAAGCUCA